CAUUUUCACUGAAUGUCCCCCCUGUUACAGCGAUUGGCCUGCUGAGAGAGAUGGAGCCAGGAGCCUUCGUUAUUCGGGACAGUCACUCGUUCAGGGGGGCUUACGGCUUGGCCAUGAAGGUGGCCUCCCCUCCCCCCACAGUGCAUCAGAACAAGAAAGGUGACGUCAACAACGAGCUGGUCAGACACUUCCUGAUUGAGAGCAGCCCUAAAGGAGUGAAGCUGAAGGGUUGUCCCAACGAGCCGUACUUUGGCUGUCUGUCUGCCCUGGUCUACCAGCAUGCCAUCACACCGCUGGCCCUACCCUGCAAGCUACUUAUCCCAACCACAGAUCUCCUUGAGGAGGUGCCAGAAGUCGCUGCACCGAAUCCUCUGGCUGAGAGGUUGAAACAAGGAGCAGUGCAGAGGGCCCCUGCUGAUGCCCAUGCAUGCAACGUGCUCUACAUCAACUCAGUAGACAUGGAGUCCCUGACAGGCCCUCAGGCUGUUGCCAAAGCCAUAUCUGAGACACUGGCUGCCACCUCCCCAGCUGCUGCCACCGUGGUGCACUUCAAGGUGUCUUCACAAGGCAUCACAUUGACCGACAACCAGAGGAA